GAUACAUUCUCUCUUAGCAGCAAACAGCAUACAGGCAACUAGUCACUGCAUUAGGGAUGGGAGGUUUAAUGAAGUACAGUAAGUGAGUUUAAAUCUACUGGAAAUCUUUAAAAAAAUUUGCAUUUAGUUUGCAACAGACUUUUUUUAUUUUUUAAUCUCUACUGCAUUAGAAUUUGAAUGAGUAUUACUUAUUAAAAUUUUGGAGAGGCUCCAUUUGUACAAAAUACCCAGAGAAAAAAAAAAAAGCCUUUUAAAAAAAGAUCUGCAGAGUAAUGCAAGCUCCUUACAAAUAAAACUCAGUUCCACUCUGGUAUUGAUUCGCUGACUAAUUGCAAACAGCUAAUUUCAGCUGUGGGAAUCUGCAGAGAGCUCAGAGCUGGUCUGCUUUAGCUUCAAACACCACGAUGAGGAUGCAGGAGUCUGCCUCGCUAGUCUGGGUGCUCUGCUUGGUGCUGGGUGCUCCGUGCUGGGCGGUGCCCGCAGGACAGUGGCAGGGUGUCGGAGGGGGCCACCCCCAGCUGGCCUUGGAGGACGACGUCAACAUCCUGAUGUACGGGGUGCUCCAGUUCAGCGCCGGUCUGCGCGAAAUGUACCGCGGCACCUCCAGCAGGUUCACCCAGAUCUUCCACAGCCUGGACGCGUUCGAGAGGACCCUGGGGCUGCUGGGAAAGAGCGUGCGAGAGGCGAAGGACGCGGGGGUCGAGCUGGAGAGCAGCGUGCUGCAGUUACAGCAAGAGGAGGCACAGCUGAAGAGCCGCUCCACAGAGAUUAACCAGCAGUUCAAGAGCCUGCUGUACGAUCAGCUGGUCCUGCAGAACAAAGUGACCAGUCUGGAGAAAACCCUGAGCAGCCUGGAGGGGACCAAACUGCAAACACAGACCGAGAACAUCUCUCAACUCAAGGCAACUCUUCCGUCUUCCUUCUGCCCCUGCUCCCUUCUCCCCUGCCCCUCCCUCCCUUCUCCGCAAUUUAUUCAUCCUUGAAAUUAAUCAGUCUGAGCUCCCCAAAUACUGUCCAGAACUUCAAGAUGCUUAAAUCUGGUAAAAAGGGGUUACCCUCUCCCCAACACCUUUUCUGAUUAAACCGAGUACUUCUAUACAUUUUGCAGAAAGAUUAAAGUACAUUGUAACUAUGCAUAAUCAUUGCGGUUAUGUGGCAGUACACGUGCAUUAAGGAACUACUAUGCAAAUACACAGUGAUCAGAGACACUUAAUGUAAUACCCAUUUAAAACUUAACAAAAAGCAUGAAACCUACAAUACAGGAGCCCAAAUCAAAGCUCCUCAAACCCACCAACCGAAAUCUGCAGCACAACGCUACACGGCAAAGUGAUUUAUAUCUCGUGGUCGUCUUCUCUUUCCCUGCAGGCACA